GAUACAGAAAAUCGGAGGAAUAUAGAAUGGAUGUCAAACGCAUCAUUUUCGAAGGGAUGAAAUCGCAUUCGGUGCUAUCGAUACUCUUAGGCAUUUCGCUGUAUGUCAUCUAUUCGAUUAUUCCAUACUCUUCGUUCAAUGUUCCUACCAAAUUAUUACUGUCGACUUACGAUUUUAUAAUCGUAGGCGGUGGUUCAGCAGGAACCGUUCUGGCGAAUCGCUUGUCCGAGAUAGAAGAUUGGGAUGUACUUCUGCUAGAAGCAGGUGGCGAUGGAAGUGCUAUGUAUGAUAUUCCUACUCUUGCCAGCAAUCUGCAACGAUCUGAAAUCGAUUGGAAUUACACAACGGAACCGAAUGAAAAUUACUGUCGAGCGAUGGAAGGCGGUCAGUGCCUCUGGCCACGUGGCAAAGUACUCGGAGGCAGCAGCGGAAUAAACUACAUGCUCUACGUCCGUGGUGCCAAAGAAGACUACGACAUCUGGGAACAACAAGGCAAUCCAGGAUGGUCUUACCAGGAUGUGCUGCCUUAUUUCCUAAAAUCCGAAGACAAUCGAAAUCACAACUACGCCAAAACACCGUAUCAUUCGACCGGCGGGUACUUAACCGUCGAAGAACCACAAUGGCGCACUCCUCUGGCCGAUGCGUUCAUUCAAGCCGGCAAAGAAAUGGGUUACGAGAGUAGGGAUAUUAAUGGAGAACGGCACACUGGCUUUAUGAUUCCUCAAGGCACCACCAGAGAUGGUAGCCGCUGCUCCACGGCGAAAGCCUUCUUGCGGCCAGCCAUGACGCGUAAGAAUUUACACAUCGCCAUGGAAGCGUAUGUUACCAAAAUUUUAAUAGAACCGUCGUCGAAGAAGGCUUAUGGCGUAGAAUUUGUUCGAGACGGGGAGACAUUACGCGUUCGUGCCAAGAAGGAGGUGAUCGUUUCCGGAGGUUCUAUCAAUAGCCCCCAGUUGUUGAUGCUGUCAGGAAUAGGACCUAAAGAACACUUAAUGGAACACAAUAUACCAGUGAUUCAGGAUUUAAGAGUGGGCCAUAAUCUUCAAGACCAUAUAAGUACGGGUGGCCUUACGUUCUUAGUAAAUGAAGAAAUUACACUCGUACAGAGCAGAUUGAAUAGUAUUAGCUAUGUACUAGAGUACGCUAUAUCUGGAGACGGUCCUUUGACAACCUUAGCAUUUAAUGAAGCAGUAGGUUUUAUUAAUACCAAAUAUGCAAAUGCCUCCGACGAUUUUCCAGACAUACAAAUACAUAUUUGGUCAACGGGGGACUACACCGAGGGCAGUAGAAAGGUUUUUGGAUUGACCAAAGAAUUCUAUGAUGCCGUAUAUAGGGAUGUUCACAAUAAGGACUCGUGGAGUGUAUACCCUACUCUCCUAAGACCUAAAAGCAGAGGGAUUAUCAAGCUUCAGAGCAACAAUCCUUUCGAUUACCCAUUGAUUUAUCCGAAUUAUUUCAAGGAGCCAGAGGAUAUGGCCACGUUGAUCGAAGGAGUUAAAUUUGCACUCGAGAUGAGUAAAACUGCUUCGCUUAGACGUUAUGGGAGCAAACUGAAUCCGAAUCCAUUUCCUGACUGCAAGCAUAUCCCAUUGUAUAGCGAUCCGUACUGGGAGUGCAUGAUUAGAUCUUUCCCCUUAACUAUAUCACACCCUGUGGGUACUUGCAAGAUGGGGCCUAAGUCGGAUCCAAAAGCCGUGGUAGAUCCUUGGCUUCGAGUUUACGGAGUUACUGGACUUCGAGUCAUAGAUAGUUCGAUUAUGCCAAAUUUAAUCAGUGGCAAUACCAAUGCGCCGACUAUUAUGAUCGCAGAGAAGGGUUCCGAUAUGGUCAAAGAGAAAUGGAUGAUGGAAUUGGACGUAUAUCAGUAGCUACUGUUGUAAAU